ACUUGUACCAUUUUAGACACGGAUAACAGACCACGGAUUCGCGAUAUACCUAUUGUACCUAUUAAUAUUGUUCUAUUUAGUAUUUACUAUUUACAUGGUUUGGCUUUCACAUUAGUUUCGAUUUUUAAGUUUGUUGUCAUACCUAUUUAUUGAAUUAGUGGUCUCAAAUCUUUAUUUACCUAUACUCAUUCAUAAUAGUUUUUAUUUAGAAAUUUGUCUUUAGUAACUAACGUAUAAUAUAAGUGAUCACGGCGUAAUAAAUCAAAACCAAAUGUCCACUAUGAGCAAAUCGAUUACUGAUUCGGAAGAUCAAUUAGCAGAAAUGGAAGAAGCAUUUCAAUUGUUUGAUAAUAGAGGUGACAAUAAAAUACACAUAUCAAAUAUAGGUAAUGCUCUUCGUGCAUUAGGUCAAAAUCCUACAGAGUCAGAUGUAAAGAAGUUUACACAACAGCAUAAAACUGACGAACGCAUUCCAUUUGAUGUAUUUUUUCCCAUUUAUCAAGCUAUAUCUAAAAACCGUUCCUCAAAUACAGCUGAUGAUUUUAAUGAAGGUUUACGACAUUUUGACAAAGAUGGAAAUGGAUUUAUAUCAUCUGCAGAAUUACGCCACUUACUUACAACACUUGGAGAAAAACUUACUGAUGAAGAAGUUGAACAGUUAUUAACUGGACAAGAAGAUUCUUUAGGAAACAUAAACUACGAGGAUUUUGUGCGUUCUGUAACAUCAGGUUGAAUGGUUCAAACAUUUUUUAGUAUUUAUUUUUCUUAUUAUUAAAUUUAUUGUUGUACCUAAUUAUAUUAUAUAUUAUAAGCACAUUUUAAAUACACUUUUGUAUUUUGUUAUAAUCAUAAGAGAAAAACGGUAACUAUUUUGUAUAUGUAUAUUAUAACUUAAAAAAAUAAAUUGAUUUAAGAUUAUUGUUGAUAUCUUUUGGCCUGGAAAAUAAUAAAAUUGGCUGACCACAAUAA